AUGCCCUCACUCAUUCAAUUCACUCUUUUCAUAACCACUACCAACCUUCUCUCUCUAAAACCUUCAGACACCACACCAGUCACCAGGCGAAUGAACUUUAUGCAAAAAUCCACGGCGAAGACAAGUCGUGAUCGAGCCCACCAAAUCAUCACAGGAAAGCGCACGGAGCACCAGAGGCCUUGUUCCUCUCUUGGUAUGGCGCCUGAGACAACUUCUAGCUCCUAUAACGGCGGUGAUGGUUGUAUGUUCAGUUACUACACAACUGGUAGUUCACCGACGAUGUCAUCAGACGAAGAAGAAGAAGAGGAUAUGGCGAAUUGCUUGAUUAUGUUGGCUCACAGUGUUUCUCCGGCCAAGGAAAAUAAAUCAGAUCUCCAUUGUCAGAAGAACGAGAAAUUGAAGAAUCGGAAGUUAACGGAGAUGGCCGCAACUACCACCGCCGGAGCAAAAUCCGAUUUCCAAAAUUACUACGAGUGUAAAACCUGUAACCGUACUUUUCCAUCGUUCCAAGCCCUAGGUGGACACAGAGCCAGCCACAAGAAACCUAAACUUAGCGUUGAAGAUCGGAAAUCCGUUUCCGUUAAAACGGAAUCAACCGCAGAAGAUCAACCAGAAGUUGAAAGCAAAAUUAUUACAAACCACAACAAAUCUCCUCGGUCAUUAACAGGAUACAAGAACAGUAAGGGAAAAGUUCAUGAAUGCUCCAUAUGUGGAUCGGAGUUCUUAUCAGGACAAGCUCUCGGCGGUCACAUGAGAAGACACCGGCCACCUCCGGUUUCAAACAGUCAAAUCGCUGUAUCAUCGAAUAUGGACGAUACGACUACGAGGGUUAAUCAUUCCCCUAAGAGGUCGCCGGCGGCGCCGGUGCUAUCCUUAGAUCUAAACCUUCCCGCACCGGAGGUCGUUGACGACGUCCAUUCAAACUUUCAGUACACUGCAAAUUCUCCAAAACAACCUCUUGUCUUCUCCGUCACAGCUCUGGUAGAUUGCCAUUACUGA